AGGCGUGACGCAUUGUGAAUGCAAUGGGCGCCUCCGCUGGACCGGCGGGGUAUCGUCAGCUACUGUCUAGAGCGUGCUCUGUCGUCGCUCUGCUGCUUGCGUUAUUGAUAUGACCUUGCGGCCAGACAACGGCUUCGCCGGGGGGUACUUGUCGGGUAGGGAAGCGUGACGAGCGCUUGGCUCAACACUUUACAGCGUUGGCCGACGCGACGAGCGCUGCAGCAACAGGUUUCUUUAAAAUGUCUAAAACGCUGGAGCGAAAACACACUGGGCAGACCUGCAGAAACGGCGAUGUGAACAAGACGAGAUCUAGGCUGCCAGAAGCUGCGGAUAUUGUGGAAGUGUUGAAGAAACGAUUAGCCUUCCUGUCGGGAGGGGUUGAUAAAAAUGGCUGUACGUUACUAUGUGUACCUGCACCAUGUGACGACUUCAUGUUGCAAGACUUCAGGGAAACACUAGUCUAUCUUAGGGGAGUUAUGGAUGAAGGUGAUGAUGAGAAGGUUACUGUGGUGGUGCAAGGAGACAGUGCUUGGGGCAAGAAGCUUGAAGUUGUCAAGGCAGCACUGCAGGAAGUGCUGGGUCCAAGGUUAAAUGCCAUCCUAGUCCACCAUCCUCAUAAAUCCUGGGAGGUCCGGUCAUCUUUUAGGGAAAAGCAUACUUCGUUGCUGAAGAAUGUGACGCAGCCUAAGCUCUUCAAACUAGUCAGCCCCCUGCAGUUGACGCCUGAAUUCGGUGGUACCUUGCAGUAUGAUCAUCUUGACUGGUUAAGCAGGCAGUUGGCUGUGGAGAAGUACGUGAAAGAGGUGCAGCUUCUGGUGAAGCACGCGGAUGGUGCACUGAGUGCCUGCCGAAAUCAGCAGGGUUCGGCCAGAUCUCCUCGAAUUCCCCUCGAAAUUGGCCCUACCAUGGUGGAGGUGAUUGCUCGAACAAUCCAAAGUGGCCAAAGGUUGCUGGACAGCCUUCAGGUGGACGUUGAAUUUGGCUUCAAAUCUCACUGUGGCCGUAGAGUGGCCAAAGAAAGGGCCAAUGCAUAUCACAAGGUAAAAACUGCCCUGGACACAGUACGGGAGCUGCAGCAGUCUUUCCAGGAAGAGUGGGCUAAGGAGCUGGAGGCAUUGGAGAGUACCCGGCUCCUGGAAGGGUUCUUUGCAGAAGUAGACACACUGAUUAACUGGACAACAAACGAACAGAACAAUCUGAGGCUGUCGCAGAACUGUUUUGACUUGGAGCGAGCCAAUGCCACAGCAAUGGAAAUUUUCGCCCGCUACUCUAAGCUGCGCCAGUGGUCGGCCAGUCUGUGCAAGGACCUGCCGUCGGAGGCAGACAGUAUAUGUGCCGCCAUGAACAGGCUCGACCUGGCCUGCGAGGGCCUCACUUCUCAAUUCAGAGGACGCAGCAGGGAAGGACUCUCACCGACUUUGGAACACGAGCUACAGCAGUUUCUAGAGCUUGUCAACACCACGGAGUCACGGCUGAGGGCGUCGUGCGACGAGCCCAUCACAUCAACGGCACAGGUCGAAACUUUGACAGAGCUUCAGGAAACAGAGAUGAUGAUAGACAGCCAGCUGCAGUCGCUGCUAGACGCAUUCCACAACCACGGCGAGAACACUGAGGGAGAAGCGUGUUGGCUCACUCGUGAGCAGGUCGUUCACGUCAAGGGCCAGCUGGCCACUAGAAAGCAAGCGCUCAUUCAGGCGGGGCAGUUUCUCUGCUGCGAGGAAAAUGCACUGCAGCUGGUUACGUGGCUCGACAAGCUCGCUGUUCGUCUUCAGCCCAAAUUUAGUCAGGACGGCUAUGAGCUCACAGCGGCAGAGCAUUCCAGACUCGACGAGCUGGCUCGUGGUACGUAUCAUUAUGGCUUGAGGCUCCUGGACGAUGCUGUGAAGUUACGAAAGCAGGUGUGCGCCGUGACAACACCAAGCAACCGAGUUGCAGAUGCCCUCUUCGAUGCCUGGAUGAACUACGUCGCCAUCUCUAAGAGCCUAAGAAAUCCGCAGCAAGCUGGUGGCACCCUCAGCACUGCAAGGGUUAGAGCAUCUAUCAGCUAACUCUGACAGGCAGGGAUGGUUCCUUUGCUGCUAUUACUAAGGAACAAAAGACGCGAGCAAUGAAAUAGACAAAUGAAAUGGAUGAUGCUGGCUACAGCUAGACAUAUGAAGACAAGCCAGUGAACAUCUCGGAAGUGGCCCGUUGGCGAUGUACAAGGAACCGAGCUUAAGGGACGGCCUCCGAAACUGCGAUCUCACAGGUCAUGUGGGCGACCAGAGGAGGUUUUUAUUCAGCACUAGCCAAAGAAUGAGUAGUAAGUAGCAGAGACAUUGCUACUUAAGCAGCAGUAGGAGCCAGUGGAGCGCGGCGAAGAAACGCUGCUUCUCUCGCGGCACCGUCUUCGAGCUCAUCAUGCAACCCUGGAAGUGUGAAGGGAAAAGGCAAUGUUAAACAAGGCUACAGCCUUUGUGUUAAGAGGGCGAUGCAAGGCUUCUUUAGCAGGGUAAAAAAUUCUGCCGAUUGAUAGUUGAGGCAACUGAGAACAUGUGUGGCAAACACUAUAGCGCUAUAGCGCAGCGCACGGCCGGGAAUGUACUUUUAAUUCUUAAAGUGAAGAAAGUGCUCAAGUUCAUGAUACACGCCAAUUAUAGUAUACGUAUGUUCUUGCCUCCUUGUCAACCCCAUUUCUGUAGCUUUCAGCGCGCUUGCUCAUGCUAAAAGAGGAGAGAAAGUGCGUACUAAAGCACGCAACAUAUCCCUGUAACUUGAUUCAUGCUUGACUGAUUAGGAACAUUCUUUGUGAUAAUCGAUUCAUGAAGCAAUUCACUCUUCAUGAAGCCAUUCGAUGAAAACUUGUAAAAGCGUUGCGGGGCCCCUUUAAAGAAAUACUAAAGGCUAAUGAAAUGCUAAUGCAAAGUCUCUACAUCUGCUCCUCGCCAGAAGAGAACUCAUUACUCCUGCAUACAACUUAAAGCCCAUUUUAAUCUUAUGAUAUUUGCAUAUACACUGUGGCAUUACUUUAAUUACCCGACGAAAUUUUAUGUCGUUUGAAGAGAACAUUUGCAUCACAUAGUUUACGGCAACUCGUUUAGGCGUGUUUCAAAUUUGCUUUACAGUCAAAUGUGAACAUGCCAAAGCUGAAGGGGAACACAAAAGAGCUGUACAUGUAGUUAAUUCAUUACAUGAAGCAUUUUGUAUAUUGAAAAUAUAUGCAAGGGGAUUUCACAACUGUUUGAGGUACACGUAGAAUUGUUUUAUAUGAAUUUUAUAUGCAUGUUUGACAGUAUUUUGUUUCUCUGAAGAUCAUUAAAGAAAGGAAAUACAAGAACAGAAGGAAAAAUGUAAUGCACAAUGUAUAUUUUUUCAAGCAGCCUUAUCUUUUACAUAAGGCUGCUACAUAUCCUUUACUAGACAAGCAACUGCCAUUACAAUUAUUGGGUUUAGGAUAGCAUUACUCAAAUUUUUUGUAAACAGCUCAUCAAACUUGAGUCGAGUGCAGCGUGGCGUGAAUGAGUAUUGGUCGCUUAAUAUUGCAGUCUGAAGUCAUUGCUGUGAUGGUUGCGAUAAAUAGGAAGUAAACCAAAUUUUAACAAUGAUACACUUUGUUCCAGAUGUCUUGUGCAUCCAGUAUGACAUUUUUUUUUUUCAAUGCUUUCAUACAUGUUUGCUCUGAUUUUUAGCUAAGUGCAUCAGCUUUUGCUGUGCGUCACUUCACAAGUCUAAUGCUAAUAAAUGUGGCGAAAGACAAUGCAUUUUUCUCUGUUACAGAGGCAUUAAUAUCUGGGACAACACGAUACGGAAUGUGUAAAUCUGCUACAGCUUAAAUUUCCCUAGAAAAAUGCAGAAAUAUUUUAUUGCUUAUAUGUUAGGACAGCAAUGACGAAAAUUGGAAAUCGUGCUCAUCUGACAACAAUGCUUCACAUAGCUCUUGCUUUUAGUUUUUUCAAUAGAGAUAGUUGCUUAGGGAACAACCAUUGUAUCUUUCUUUGAGCUUACAGCUUUUUUUAUGGCUUGCGAAACACCAUACGUAUUGUGAAUGCUGUAGAAUUUGAAGUUGGCCGGAUUUGUACGAGCGUUUUAUGCCGUGAUAUGAGAAAUGAAUUCUGGAAUUAUGGCGUGUGAUAUUAUAGCAGCUUUCAUAAAACGGCAUAUCGCCUUUUUGCAUGUGCUGCACGGCGGCAAAUUGUGCUGCGAAGGGCAUUCUUUAGUAGUGUCAUUUUCCUUGUGAUAGUGAGAUAUUACUUAGAGUUAGCACCGGUUUGUGAUGCUUCUCGUAUGCAGCCUUGUGUAUGUUGUAUGCUUCAAGGAUGAGCAUUCGUUUAGCGUUCUGCAUCCAGUAGAACAGGGGUUCUGAAAGUGGGUUUUGCAGGCCGCUGAUAGAUUUUCCCUUGUUUUGCACUAACCCACUGAACUCACUUAGAUGUCGGUCCCGAGUUGUGAUCGAUUUGGGGAGCCUCCAUUAUUCAAGCCCAAGCAUCAAUAAGCACAUCUCAACGCAUUUAUUUUUUUCAAAAGUAAAAAUGAAAAAAGCUUGCCAGGGGGGAGGGGGUGGUUUUCCUUGCACUUAAUAAAGCUUAGAAGGGUUCUCUGGCACCAACAUGCUUGAGGGCCCCUGAUGUGGAACAUCACACCUAAUGUUUGCGCAUGAUGUUCACACCUGGUGUUCACAUUUUGUUGCGUCAGUGUAUCCUAAGCAUUUCAUGUAUUGUACAUGUAAGCUUGACCUUGUAACAAAAUACAGGCUGCAAGAAUCACAGACGCAUGCACAGAAAAUCUCUGAAGCCAUCUCCGUAACUGAACAUAGGGAGCUUCAUACUGUGGCCUUUGCUCACACAACUUCUACAGCAUGCACGCGAAGCACCAAACCAGGAGCACAUGUGUUGGUAGCACUAUGUGUCAGGGUGCGGUAUUUUGUAAGUGUUCUUGCUUAGAAUGGGGAAGCGAUCAAUCAAAAGGAUGAGGGGAAGCCACAUGGGAUUCAUUGAGGCUAUUCUGACGGAUAGCCAUGAAAAUUGCAUAGAAUGGGCGAGGAGAUGUCAAAAGAGACUCGGGCCCCGUUCUAUUGAUAGCAUAAAUAGAAAAACUGUCUCCGGAUAGCCUGAAUUGGAUCAAAACGUGAGCAAUUGAGCCCGGAGAAUCAGAUUAGUCUGUUUUGCUUCUGGCUUACCUCAAUCUCGCGCCCAAAAUUGCCACUGAACAACUUGUCAAAUCGCGACACAACUUAGUGUUCACUCAAGACAUUCACACAAAUAAAUUGUUAAGUCAUCCUGCUCUGAAAUUUGAAGCUUUGAAAAACAGUGCCUGUCAUCAAUAGCGAUGUUGAGCUGUAUGAAUGCUGUAUUUCUUCAUGCGCUGAAAGCAUAUCUCAGUACCCUCAGCUCGCCUGUUGGCUGUUUGCUUCUUCUCGUCCUUUUGUUCAAUCCCUCUCCCAUUCUAAGCCAUAAUGCUUUCAAAAUACUGCCCCAGAUGACUGAACUUUCAGUUCCUAGUGAAUGCAGGCAUGCUUUCUUUGAAGGAGGUUUUAUAGUUUGCUCACAUUGCUUCUUUCCUGUGCAUAUGCAUUUAGUAGUUGGCAUUUGCCUCUUGACCAAAGGCAAAGCUGCAUAAGAAACUAAAAACGUUACCCUGGAGAGAUUGUUAAACUUGCUAAAAACUACAUUUUAUGUAUCUCUAAAACAUUGCAUUGCAUACUGUCAAAGCAAGUGUUCCAUAGAGAUCAUUUUUUUUCUUCAGGUGUUUGUUUUGAAAAGAAAUGAUGGCAUGCAUGUCAGUGUUCCUUUUGAAGAGUGUUAGCUGUUCAGAGCUGACAACCGUGGCUAUUGCCAUGUUAUGUGAGGUUAAAAGGAAUACCGUACUAUAGAAAAUUUUUUCAUGACAGAAGUGCAGAGUGAGCUUGAGGAAGUACUCGCAUAUCUCAGUGAGCUGUUGUGAACACUUUACCAAUAGAUUUUCUUUCACUUUAUACAUUUAAGACCAAGAACCCUUAAUCUGGCUUUGUUUAGUGGACUAUGUGAGACGCAAAAUGAUGAGAUCUCACUUUACAGUGGCAGGCCCAUAUGGUUAGUUUUAGCAGCGUUCAAUAGGGUCGCAAACAAGUGAGAAUAGAGUACUGGUGCUUGAUGGAUAGGUGGGUGUGCUGGAUUUCAGGCAAAAUCAUUUUUGAGCUGGUUUUUUUAUCAAAUCGCUGCCAUCAUUCAUCUUUCUUAGAAAUAGGCAGGGUAACUGUAACCUGCCAUAAAGCUCAAACAACACUGUGCUGCUAAGUGCAGCAUGUGUUUUUUUUUUACUACAACAUUCCAGUAUGGGCAAGACAAUAUGUAAUAACCGUUGCAGAGAUAUGGCGCACAUGAGUGCCAGUUUUGUAGCGACAUUACUUAUUAUAUUGUAAGUUACUGGGUUCCAGUGUUCUUAAUGGAGUCGUUGCUUUGCUACUCAUUAUAACCAGCUACUUGGCACAUACUGCAGCAUCCUUUCUGUUUGUUUACUUUGAGGUGUUUAUUCUGCAUAUAACUCUUUUUUUUAGCCCAUUGUACAAUUCAUAUUGAGCUUUUUUUGUGUAAAGCUUGUUGGUCUUUUUUUGAAGCACUUGGGUCAGAUCAUCCCGUUCGCUAGCCUCCGACUCGUCGCAUUAAUGAAUGUUGGAUUUUAAAGUGCUUGCCUUAAAUAAAACAGGUGUAAAGAAGCAUGCAUGGUAGUUUAUAUUCACUUUAAGCCUUUUAUCAUAGCUAGCCUCAUUGACAAGUUUUAGCUGUAAGGCAUGAAGCUUUUGUUUUCUUUACUCCUGUACUGUUAAAAUAUGUUAGCCUUAAAUAACCUCAUUUGCACACUACCGGCAUUAUAAUUGUCUAGGAAGAACACUAGUUGGGCUAGUCAUUACUGUGUAACUGUUGCGAGAUUAUUUUAUUGGGAGAAUGCGUGAAAAGCUGAGUGAGAAAAAGUUGCUUACUGGGGCGCUGGCGUCCUUGUGUGUAGUACGUCUCCAAUGUACAUGUGGAUACUCCCAUCUGUGCCUGUACUUGCUUGGUUACGUGCUGGUACUCGGAGCGCAUGUAUUACCGCAUAUCUAAAAAACUCUACAGGGUACGUGUAGUAGUACGUAUUGCGUCCUCAUAAAUUUGGAAAUGUGUCUAGUAAAGAUUUUCGGAUAUUACUGAGGCAUGUACCUGCCGAAGUUUGAAAGUGACUCUGACAUGACAAAAUAUUUUAAAGUGAUUUCUUUCACUUCUAUUUCUUGCACACCCAUCAUGUGAAAAGGCUUCAAGGUGUUUGCAUUGACUUGCAUCAUAUGUUGCACAAAUUUGCUUCUUAUCAUUUGCCCAUUUUCGUAUUAUGCAGCCUCCUGAAAUGCAGCCUACGUUAGGUUCAAACUUGUCUCUGAAAACUAGCGUUAUAUAGAAUGGCAAGUGGACAACACUGUCAAAAAAAGCAGCUGCAGAGAUGUAACGAAAGGGUUUGUAAACAUUUUAUUGAUAAUUCAUUUACAGAUUGAGUAGUAUCAACACCAAAUGAAACACUGAAGUGAUUUUGUCAGAGUUUUUUGUUAUAAAGGCUGUUCACGUAAUUAGUACAAAACAUUGUUUGCAUUUUGAAGUCUGCUUCUCAGAAAUGUUAUCAGCUGUCAUUGCAUUGUAGUUAAUAGAGCUCUGUUUACUGAAAAGACGCUUGAAGGAAGGAUGAGGAGGAAGUAAGCAGCUCAUUCACAUAGCCAAGAUGUCUUGGAGAGUCUAUGUCUCACCUCACUUGACAUAGUAUCGCUGUGCAACUUUUAACGUUUUACAUCUGCUAUGGUAGCCUAAAUUAAUCUCGUCUAUUUUACGUUUGCAUUCAAGUUGUUCAAGAAUUGUUCAAACACAUUUAUAUUUGAAUAUGAUUAAACCUUGUUAUGCAGCUAACAUGAGUAUAGUCAAAUCCUCUAUAUAAUGAAGCACCUCAGUAUUUGAAACAUUGUGUGCCUAGAACGGCAUGAAUUUUUUAUCCUCAAUUGAAUGAGGCACGUUCACCCGUGGUUUCACUUUAAUGAUUUUUCACUACUACACAGAGAAAGGCCAAACGUGAAAAUUCUCCUAGUAUAGCUAUUUGAUUCGAAAACGUAAAUUCUUUAUUCUCUUAUUUAUUCAAAAUUUCCCAAAUAUUUUAAUACUUUCAUAAAUACGCAUCUUUUCAAUUCACUAAUUUUAGUGCUGUGCGUGCACUGAGCUGCUGUCAUUGCUGUGCCAAGCUCAGAAUUGUUGUAUAGGUGCAGUCAGUGAGCGUACAGUCAUGAAAAAUGUAGGUACAGUUAAGCCAGAGUUCACUAACAUGCUUUCUGUCGACAUCAUUUCAGUUUGCACACUUAAUUCAAGGCCCAAACCAUUUUUGACUACCAGCUAUUAGCUGUCUUGAACAGUGCUGUAGAGUUGUCGCGAAACUUAUCCUAGCUUGCAAUUUCUUGUUGGCAUUUUAUUUCUCCAUGACUGUACCUUUGGUAACUGUCCACUAUCAAGUACUACAUAUUACUUGGACUGUUUACACAUGGGUCAAUCUACGAAGCUGAGAGAAAUUUUGCAGUUUCAUGGGAAAUCUAGCUUGGACAUACAAAUGGGUCACAAUUGAGGAUGGAUUAUCUACAUAAAAAACUCAUGUGUAUUGAUCAGGUGCUGAAUUCGAAACAGCCUCGCAAAUACAGUGGCAUUUGUGGGAGCUGUUUGUGCAGCAUUUUUCAUGCGCACUCUUUUCAGAAUUUCAGAAUGCGGAACAACAGCGGAGAAAUGCUGUGUAUGGUUAAGUUUCCAAGAUAUUUCUUCAUAGGCUUGUUUUGUCUUGCAGUCUCAUUUUAAAACUAGCUUGAAGCCUCGUUAUGCUGCACAACAUUGUUCGUGAAUUAUGGAUGAUUUCGCUUAUGGUUAGAAUGUCUGCCAUGUCAUUGUGAUAGAAAAACAUGCAAAAAAAGCACUUUUGCUUUGUUUGCUUCUUUCUUUUCAUAAAGGGUACUUGCACAUCUAGCAGUGUUUCAAUAUGGCAGUCAUUGUUGGAAGUCACUGUUGAAGCGACACUUUUAGUCAUGUUUAUGUGGUUUUUUAUGCACAUGUUCUUAGUCUCUGCUGCUCAAUGAAUAACUGCAUUAUGCUGUUAAGUGUAAACAUGCUGUGAUCACUAUUGUAGCCUUAAAAGCUUGUUGCUUUCUUGCACCUGUAUUUAACUAUUGUACACGGAAUAAAGCGCCAGUUAUAUUGUUCGCUGA